CGUCACUAUUACGCUGUCAUAAGCAGUGCCUUGUGGGAUCACCAUUGUGAAUGAUAAUGGCAUCGUUGCGGCCCGUGUCUAGUCGGCAGACGCUGAACUGGAUCAGGUGCCACGUCAGAUCCUCACCGUUGAUCUGUCAGAGAAUUUUAUCCGGUCAGGAUUGUGGGCACAGCAGUAUUGCACCAGGCGGCUGCUGUGUUGCUGCGCCAGGCGUAACAGCGUCACGCUACGUUGCAAGUAAUUCAUUGCCCCGGGAUCGUACUCAUGGAGCUGAGGAGCAGGCGCACAGCUUACGGGAGACGACGAGCUUGAUUCCCGGAGACCCGCUCCGACAAAACGACCACUCAGGCGAUUUGCACAGCCACUCUGCGUUGAGCGAUUUUUCCCGAAGUCGCAGGUUGUCGGCUGGCCGCUGCAUCCCAUUUGGCAAUUACGGGCGGUGGACGAACCGGUGUUGCAAUGUGCGCAGUUACGGCAGUGUUGCGAGUGCCGCACAGAGUACGGACACGACUGGAACUACGACCGUCUCUAAUCAAGCUGCGGCGAUAAAGCAGCUCAGAGAGCGGACGGGUGCACCCAUCGUGGAGGUGAAGAGUGUCCUCGUUAACUGCGGAUGGGAUAUGGAUGCCGCGUACACAGAGCUACGGAAGAAGGGUCUGAUAGCCGCAGGCAAAAAGGCGGCGCGAGUUGCGGCAGAAGGAUUGCUGGGCGUCAGUGUGGACAUGGGCGCGAAGACUGCCGUUGUUGUCGAGGUGAACUGCGAGACGGAUUUCGUCUCACGAAAUGCCCGUUUCCAGGAUCUCGUCACGCGCACGGUGGGCAGGGUGAUGGACUCCGCGUGGUCUGGCGAGUCCCACGGUCUCGUCCACAGUGUUCCUUUGCAGUCUGUGGAAGAGUUUGAUGUAGUCACAAGCGCCGACACGAAGCUGAGUAUCCGGGAAGCUGUCGCCGAGGUUGCCGCGCUGACCGGCGAGAACGUCAAACUCCGACGCGCCUUUGCGAUGCGCACGGAGAAGGGUGUCAUCGCCCACUACUUGCACAACGUCGCGGGCCCUGGUCUGUCGAGAAUCGUAGGACUGGUUGCUCUGAGCGGAGGAGACGAGACGAAGGAAGCGAUGCUGCGAAGCUUCGGUCAGAAACUUGCAAUGCAUGUUGUGGCAUCAAGGCCCCAGUUCUUGGACAUUGCCGACAUUACCGAGGACGUACUGAAACAGGAACGCGAGAUAUUGCGCUCGCAGGCAGCCGUCACUGGGAAACCGGAAUCGGUGAUUGAGAAAAUGGUGGAAGGACGGAUGAGAAAGUUUUACGAAGACGUUGUGUUUAUGGAGCAGAAGUUUGUUAUGGAUGACUCGAAGAAGGUUCGCGAAGUUCUUAGUGAUAUGUCGAGAGAACUAGGAUCUACCAUCCACGUUGACGAGUUCCUGCGACUACAAUGCGGAGAGGGAAUCGAAAAGCAGAGCAAGGACUUUGUCACGGAAGUUGCUGCUCAAGCUGGAGGGCUAGCUUGAUGCAACAAGGUCAUUUUCCACUUUUUUUCCCUGGGCACUGGGCAUGGUGUGUGUGUGUGUGUGUGUGUGUGUGUGUGUGUGUG